UCGCGCUUCGCUGGUUGCCAAGUAACGGGAGGAAAGCGCGCGCUAGAGAGGAAGAGGAGUCGCUUUCUUGCGACUGUGGCUUCCAGUUGUCUGCGGCUGCCUUUCACGAAGUGUUGUCUUCAUUCCGGCUCUUCUCUUAUCGAAAGAACGUCCGGAAUUUCUGUUGCAGUCUUAUGUUUCUUUAUUCAGAAAAAAAAUCUUUGAAUUUAGUUAUCUUAAUCGGAAAUAAGUGCAUACUGUUAUAGAUGACUGUCUUUCUUUCUGAAAUGCACCUCUGGUCGGUGAAAAGCAACUUAUAUGUUGAAGACAAAGAUAUUGGUGUCUAUCAGUACCACGAAAAGAACGAACCAGAGCCGCAAAUUAAAGUUGGUUAUUUAUAUGAGAAGCAACAAUUUGCAGAAUCUCGAAAUUAUCCUUGGGUACUUAAGAACAAACGUCCAGAAAAGCUUCAAGACACACUUAAGGAGCUAGAGGAACUGAUGCAAAACAGUCAGUGUGUACUAAGUAAAUGGAAGAGCAAAGAUGUCUGUCAGCUUCUCUUUUCUUCAGGUAUACUGGUAUCUCUAAGCCUUUCUGGACCACAGCUAGAAGAAGUCGUGAUUGACAGAGCCCUGAUGGGAAAGUUUAUCUCUAACACUAUCAGUGAUGCUGUGCUUACUGACACUUUCAUGAUCUUUUCAUUUUGGGAACAAAGCAAACUCUGUUUCAUUCAAUCCUCAAAAAAAGCAAAUUCUCCGGAUGUAAACAAAAGACUUGAAAAACUCUCAAACUUCGAUUUUAAGAUAUCUUACAUUGAUAUACCAGGACUAGGAAAUAGAAGGAUCAAGCGUUAUUUAACAAUAAAUAAUGUACAGAAUAUGGUUAUUUGCUGGUGGUCUGCUGCAAAAGAUGAACUUUGGCCUUGGUCUCCAGUGUCUAGCAAGAGAGAGAGAGCCAACUUGCUACUCUUGAAAUGUGAACAUGGCAACUUAGAGAUUCUGAAUUAUAUUCAUACAGAUGGGGAUCCACUUGAUGUCAGAUUUAGUAUGUGCAAUCCACAUCAGAUUCAUACUGUAGAACAAUCUGUGAGUGCAGACCAAAAACCCAUGGUUGACAGCUGCAUUUAUGAAUAUGUUAGGAAUAAAAUUCAUUGUGUGGCAAUCACCAAAAUACCAUUAACAUCAAAAGCCAUCAGCUGUUGCAGGAAUAUUACAGAAGACAAACUUGUUCUGGGUUGUGAAGAUUCUUCAGUAGUUCUGUAUGAAGCCUACCGUCAAGUAACUCUGGCAACAGAAGCAAAGCUGCUACCUGCCUUAAUGUGUUGCCAUUCUAGGGCUGCCGUAAUUCUUAUUGGUAGUUCACAAGGAGAACUACAGUUAUUUGACAUGGCACUGUCUCCAAUUAAAAUGCAGCUUUUAGCUGAAGACCUCUCACCCAAAUCAACACUACAAUUCAGUGAAAAAAUUGAGAUAUCCAGCAGCUUCAUUCAAAUCCAGUGGGCUGUCCCACAAGAUUCUUCUCAGGACAUAGAUGUUUUAGAUAUAUAUGAUCUUCUAUUAUUUAGAUUUGACAAAGGACCUAUUGGAGUGCUUCAUUUCAAAACCGGUAUCACCCCAAGAGGACAGCUUGGCCUUGUAGAAAUCAUCCAGGAAUAUAUUCAUCAAGAUGAGAUACAUGAGGCAAUUAACAUCUUAAAUGGCAUGAACUGGAAUACAAUGGGUCAUCACUGUUAUGUAAGCCUUUGUGCCAUAAUAAACUACCUUCUUCGACAAAAGCUGACACACAUUAGAGAAGCUCAACUGGAGGCAACUCUUGGGACAUUUUAUGCACCAACCCGGCCUUUGUCUGAGACAACUGUUUUAGCAUACAGGGACCAGAUCAGCAGAUAUGCACGAAGGUUCUUCCACCAUCUGCUCAGGCACCAAAGAUUUGAAAAGGCCUUUCUGCUAGCAGUUGAUAUAGGUGCUCGUGACUUAUUUAUGGACAUCCAUUACUUUGCACUAGAUAAGGGUGAAUUGGCACUAGCUGCAGUGGCAAAGAAAAAAGCUAACAACAUUGACACAGAAUCAAUAACUACUGGAGUUGAACAGUGUUGGCAUCUUUAUGAAGAAAGAAAAGCAUACAGAAACAGCUUUUAGUGACAAUGGCAGCAUUUUAGAAGUCCUCAAAGGCAUAAGACUUCUUGACAAAAUAAAACAAAGAUAACAAAUUAUACUAUAUUGACUAUUGAAAACAAAAAUCUAGAUCUUGACAUUUAUAUUGACAGUUAUGCAUUAUAUUCAAAGGAAUAUCCUCAAAUGGUUUUUAGAGACAUUUCCUUUAAUAAAUCAAAUCUAUCACCAUCUUAUUUGCAGAUUUUAUUCAAAAAUAUAUAUGUCAGUUCAUACAUCAACAUCUUUCAAAAGUUCAAAGUUUGCAAAAUUGGCCCUAUCUACAAUUGUAUGAAUAGUUAUCAAUGUUCUUAAUGUAUUUAAUUUUGGUACAGAUUGAUACAUCCAAAAUAUCUCCAUUUCUUGAGAUGUAUUAUUGAUGCAUAUGUAAGCAAAUGUUUAUGUAUAUCAAAAAUAUAAAGAAAGUCCUGGCUUCAGGAAUAUAAUUUUGCUUUGCUUUUCAGUCUUGUAUUUUUGAAAACAUGUGUGAAUGCUCUAUUGUUAAAUGCAACAGAUUAAAAUACCUUAUAUUAUAUAUUUUAUUACAUAAAAUUAAAGAAGACAAAUUUAUUUGGGGCAAACAUUGCAUUCUCAGGGUAAAUAUGUUAUUUUGAUCAUAGCAAAUUUGUUUGGGAAAAAUGUUAGACUUUGUGACCAUUUGAUUAUGACAUCAGAGAAUUAUCACUGGUCAUUUUGCAUUUGUUUGCCAAUGCACAUGUUUCUAUACUAAAAUAUACAUGAUAACAGCUACCUUUCAUUCUUAAUAUUUUCUGUGUUAUUCCAUUCACUUUCAUAACCAAAUAAUCCUUGAUCUGUACCCCAUUCUUUAAUAAGUGAUUUGUCUCUCUUAAAACUUAAAACAGAAAUAGUUUCUUCUUAUGCAGUUCUCUGUGUCCAUUGUAAUAAUCAGACUGGCUUAUGUAGUUUGAACAGACUAAAGUAAGACAGUAAAACAUUAGUUGUAAUGUGGUAAAGAAAAUUAAACCCUGAGUUUGUAAUGUGACCUACUUAUAAGAAUGUUGUUUGCCAAAUAUAAUAUAUAAGUUAAUGAGCAACUAUUUCCUGCCCAGUGAAAAUUAAGAGUGGGUUUAGCAACUCAGGCAAUGGAACAUUUGCUUGUUUCAUUUGAGAUUUGUUGAAGGCAAAAACUAACUAUCUUUUGCCUAUUGCCUGGGGACAAAUAAAUAUUGUUGAGUUUAAUUAGAUAAAAGCUUUUUAAGAGGCCAAAGUCUCAAAGGGCUUUUUAUGUUUGAAAUCCCAUGUGAAUGUAUUUAUAGCAUUAUAAGAUCAAAAUAGCACUUUUAGUUCUAAAAAGGUAUUAAGUCCUGCUCCUUGUUCACCCCAGCUUCUAUUCAAAGUGGAGACAGGUAAUAUGGACUAUUGCUAUAGAAUUUUACAUGAACUUUGUAUAUAAUCAUGUGAUAAUCUUCACCCUCACAAUAAUCUAGGAAAGGAGAAUGUGCCUCCUAUUUCAUAUAGACAGAACUGGAGCAAUUUUCUCAUUAUUUUGUUGAAAAAAUGAUUUUUUUUUUCCAAUAUUCCAACUGCUUGUUGCUCCAGGGGUGUCUGGAGUUUAGGUCUCUGACAUCACAGGUAUAACUUUUUAGUAUAACUGUAUCCUCUCGUUAAUAGCUGCCCUAUUCCAAUGCAACCAUGUGUAUUUAGAAUUCUCAUUGAUUUUCAGAAAGUUAACCCUAACCCAAUAAAGUCUACAUGAAACUGUAAUUUAAAAAAAACCCACUUGAUCUUAGCAAAAAUAUCAAUCUACUACCAACCCAAUAUAUUACAGACAUGGACCAAUAUAAAUAGCUGUCUGCCAUUGAUUUUAUAUUUAUUAUUCAAAACAUUAAUAUUUAAAUUGUGGCCAGCCAUCCCAGCACCAUAGUGCAAAGUUUGAGCUGUUGCCAUCUUCCUGGCCUCCAGUCACCUGCUAUCCUGCUGGUCUGGGCUCCACUCACCCUGCUGACCCUGUCACUCUGCACUCACUGGUCCUGCCAGCCCCAACUGGCUUUUACUGGCUUACUUCCACGAUGCUUCUGAAAGCCUUCAGAAAGCUCCUGAGGCCUUCCAAAGCAUAAUGACAAUGGCCUGCUUGAUUUAGAGCAGGGGUCCCCAAUCUCCAGUCCUUGGACCAGUAC